AGAACAACUACAUUUAGAAAGUAUUAAUAUACCUGGAAUACAUCGAAAGUGUCGGUGAUUUACGAUCCUCUCGAGCGUUUCAUGCAGAUCGAUUUCUGUACCUGCCAAGAACAACAUGUUUUGACGCUUUGGCGCUGGGGGGAGUAUAAAGCUCUCUCCGGUCUCCGGGUUCUGUGCUAUCCAACAACCUUCGUUCACCCUCUUCAUUCUCUUUUAAUCCGUUUAUAUUCAAAUCAAAGUCUGGCACUUUGACUUCCCUUCGUUGUAAUGGCAAACUUCAAAUUCCUCGCAGCCCUCGCUACGGGCUACCUUGCUUCUCUCGCGCUGGCCGCUCCCACGGCCACCGUUAGCCAUGUCAAGCGUGCCAGCGUCAGUGAUGCUGCCUACGGCUACGCUAGCUUGAACGGCGGCACCACCGGUGGUGUUGGCGGUACUACCACGACCGUUUCGUCGUACGCAGAGUUCUCGUCCGCUGUUUCUGGUGAUGAUGCCAAGAUCAUCUAUGUGGAUGGUACUAUCAAGGAGAAGGCCGAUCAGAUCAAGGUUGGAAGCAACACGAGUAUCAUUGGAAAGGACUCGAAUGCCGUGCUUGAGGGCUUUGGACUUAUGAUCAAGGAAGCUUCCAACGUGAUCGUCCGGAACCUGGGCGUGAAGAAGGUUCUGGCUGACAACGGUGAUGCUCUCGCUGUCCAAAAAUCCAACAAUGUCUGGAUCGACCACUGCGACGUCUCUUCUGACCGUGACCACGACAAGGACUACUACGAUGGUCUCGUUGAUCUCACCCACGCCGCCGACUACGUGACCGUCUCCAACACCUUCAUCCACGACCACUGGAAGGCCUCUCUGGUCGGCCACUCGGACAGCAACGGCGACGAGGACAAGGGCCACCUCCGCAUCACCUUUGCCGACAACUACUGGUACAACCUGAACUCGCGCGGCCCGUCCUUCCGCUUCGGUACCGGCCACUUGUACAACAACUACUUCGAGGAGGUCAGCGACGGCAUCAACACCCGCCAGGGUGCGCAGUUGCUCGUCGAGUCGAACCAGUGGGUCAACGCCAAGAAGCCUUUGUACUCAACCGAUGACGGAUACGCGGUUGCGAAGGACAAUGACUUUGGCGAUGGCGAGAACUCUGCCAAGGAGGGUGACCUGACUAGCGUGCCGUAUGACUACGAACUUGUUGGAUCCGGAAAGGUCCGCGAUGCGGUCUAUGGUACCGCUGGUCAGACCCUCUCUUUCUAAGCGAGACACAACUGCGAGGUUACAUUCUUUUUAAAUGGGGCUUGUCGAUAGUUCUGCAGGACAGUUGAAUUCAUUGGAGUGAACUUUCUUUUUUUGCACUGUAACAUAUCUCAACACUUAAGACUGUUCUUGGUCUUCUUCGCCAGGAUCCCAGGUUGUGCCCAGAUUCAUAU